ACCAUCAACUAACGUGACAUUUUGUUUGUGUUCCCGCAGGGUGGCUGACAAGCUGCCGAGACCAAACCUCGUCUUGCUCAAGCUCUUGCUCUCUCUGCUCCACCACAUCAGCCAAAAUGCUGAGACCAACAGGAUGGACUCCUGCAACCUGGCCAUCUGCAUUGGCCCAAAUCUGCUGAGCCCAGGCACAGCCAGCGCGCUCCCGCUGGAAGUGCAGAAGGAGAUGAACAACAAGGUGACAGUGUUGGUGGAGUUCCUCAUAAACAACUGCAUGGAAAUAUUUGAGGGAGACAUUGCCUUCCCUGCCUGUGCCUUGGCUGAGGAGUCACCAGAGCACACAGACAGCUCCACAGAGCUGAAUUCAGAAGAGCAGCAAGUGAGGUGCACACAGGGAGUGAGAAGGUGCUUUUCUGAAGAGAUAACCCUCUCCAUUUUUCACCCAAGAAGAAAGAAGAGUACAUGUGGCCAUGCAAAUAGGAAAAGGAGAGGUGCAAAUUCCCCAGCCACUGUCAAAACAAGUCUCCUGUAUGAACAAAGCUUCUGAUGCAAAACUGGGCCAAAAUGAGAAAGGAACUUUUCCUCACAGAAGGUAUUGAAACAAAAAAAAAGUCUUCAAUUUACACCAUGAGGUUAAGUGCAAAAUUAAGGAAGAUGUGUCUCCAUGUGCACUGGUUCUGCUGCUUUCUGCUAAGGACUAUGUUGCUGAGAAAUGCUGUCCUCUACAAAAGGUGUCCAGCCCAAGAAGGGGCUGGGAAGACAGAAAUAGGGUCCAGAUAAGUGCUCAGCUUCUCCCUGGCAGUCCCCACAGGGGCUGUGGGAGCCUCUGUGAUGUCUCAGUCCAGCCCUCUCACCACUUGACCCCCAGCAGCACUCAUGAUCCUCCCUGCCUUAGCUGACACUGGUCCCCUACCCACAGCUGCUGAAUUGCUGCCAUGCUCAUUGAUUCAGAAGGGCUGUGAGAUCUGGAAUACUUACAAGGCUCUAUGCAGCUAACAGUAACAAAGAUCAGGUGUUUAUCAACUGCUUUUCAGGCACAUUACACAUUUUGGUGGCUCCCUUGGUCCCAGUGUUUCUCACCACCAAAAGAUCCCAUGCUAUAUACAGAUCUGCUUAGUGUUUGCUCCUGGCAUGGAGCAUGGUCACCAUGUGGUUUUGUCAGAAAGAAAUACACUUUGGGGAGUACAUCUUUGUCAAAAAUACUUCAUUUGGGAUGAGCCAUUCAAACUCCUACACAACCUUUAAAAAGGUUUGAAAUUACUUUACUGUCUGUCGCCACCAGAUGUCACUGAUAACACUAAGCAAAGCACCUUUACCUGAGAUUAGAGCCUUCUCUCAAAGGUAGGCUUGCACACCCACAUAUUUGUUGCCCACAGUCUGCACCAUGGCCGUGGGUGGUUGACGUAGCAGACAUUACUUUAGCAUUUGUCAUGCAGAGGUUAUUCAGUGUAAAGCUCUUUCUGGCAUCCAUACUGCUUAUCACACACUUUGGGUUGUAUAAUAUUUCUCUCCAGAUCUCUGCAGGCUUAGGGACUGGGCUUCCCUAAAUGUACAGCUGUGGCAGUGACCAGGAGACCAGUGCCAGGCUUACUGAUGCAACCUGGCAAGGUACCAAAAACCAAGUUUUCCAUAGUUUAGGGUAAAAAUCAAAAACCUGAAAACUGAAAUGGUAAUAAAAUUCUACCAUUGGGCUUGGACCAAAAUGGUUCUAAUGGGCAACAGAGGAUUAGGAUAAUCUUUAGAGAGACAAUCAAGGAGAUUGAUGUGCCUGCUACUGCAGGGUUGCCAGCAGCUACCCUCUCCCCUUUGCCCAGAGCAGAUGGAACAGACAGAACCAGCUAGGAUGGGCCUGGGGGCUGACAGGGAGCUGAGAAAUUACCAACAGCAAAACUAUCAGCACAUCUGCCUCUUCAGCCCUGACAGAGUCUCACACAGGUGCCUCAGCAGGCAAUGAAGCAAAGGCUACUGUUCCUAAGGGUCAUCCGAGUGUUGUCUGCCACAUGUGCUGACCUAGCAGGGUAGAUCCCAGUCUGAGAGUGAUAUCAGGAAUGACACCACUCAAGGACUUGAGCCACACCCCAUACCCUCAAAAGGGUCCACUGGACCUCCCUGGACCACCUAGAUAUGUGACCUCAAAGGCAGCCCUGCCUUCCACCCAUCCUGGGCUAGAACUACUCAGUGAUAAUCAGGGCAGAUCUUGCUUGGAUGGAAAAGCUCCCUUGGAAGGUGUCACCCUCUCUGUGGGUGGCUAAAAAUCAGAAGCAGUGAGAUGUAACCACCAACAAAUCCACUCGGUUGUUAGAGGAUCAACAGGUUUGAAUGUGUUAAACUGAAUGUCUACAGUCAGAUGGUUUGAGGUCAGAAUUGGGCUAGCAUGUUCUAAAGGUGAACUGUUCCUCUGUAAACUCCGGGGUUCAUGUCACAGUAAUUCAACAUACUGUGCUCUGUGUUUCAUUUAUCAUUAAUUCCUACAAGUAUCCUAAUAGAUAUCACCUCUCUGAAACUAGAAUCUUCCAUGCUCACCCCAUCUGCUUGCUAGUAUUUGAGAACAAUUGCUCUGCUUCUUUUGGUGACACACUAGAUAGGAGUCAAAGGCUGGCAGCGAAAAUUUGGUUUAGAUGUUGAAGUCAAUGGGACCAGGGCUUUAUUACAAUGGUUUUGUUUUCCUGAGAAUGGAGACUCUUAUCAUGACUUCAAAUAAAUCAGUCUUAUUAUGGCUUAUUUUAUCUGGUUUAAAAUAAAUAAAAAAGACAUUAAGGUGUGGCAUGUGAGAACUGUAAAUAUGUUAGCUUCUUUAGUGGAAUAUUAAAUAUCAGUUUUAGGGAUUACUCAUUACUGGAUGUCCUCUUAUACCUUUACAAGAGACUUAGCAUCACUAGGAGGAUUGGUGUGGAUAUUUGCAAAAAGAUUCAAGCCACUGAAUGCUAACUUUAAUAUUUAUUUUAGGAAUUAUCCAAGGAACAAUUGUCAACCGGAAGACUUUAAUUUCUGCCAUUUCUACCUUGUGUUUUAUUGGCUGAAAAUUUUAAUUAGAGGGUGUUGAGUUGUAGUAUUUAAAUUAUCUGUGACAUUAUUUUUAUUCUUAAAUUGUUGUAAGAAAAAUUAAUUAUUUAUACCAAUUGCAAUAAUUCAGUAAAAUUGGUUUAUGAAAGGUCAAGAACACUCUGAAGAGAAAUUCCAAAGUAUGUACAUGACUGCUAAUCUUCACAUAACAUUAAAAGUGUUGUUCAGAGAGUCCCUGUCCUCACCUACCUAAAGUGAUAUGAACAACUCACAAGUAGAGAAAAGAAAGCAAAGUUUGGUUAUAUGUAUAAAGACAGGCUCCUGACUUCAUAUCACCUUUUCUUUUUUAAAUGUAGAGUGUGAAGAGUUUGUUUGGAUUUUUAUGUUGUGGAAAUUGUCAAGAGACUACAAGAUCAGCCUAAGGUGGUUCAGCUAAUUGGGAUUUCACCCCCACCUGCUGCAGUAUGGGUGGAGGGCACCUGUGGAAA